CUAUAGAGUUCUUUUUUUAAAUGAAAUUUGACCCCAACCGUGCUGCAAAGUUAUUUGAAGCUCUAUGAUCUGGUAUAUGAAGGACUGAAUUGUAACUCUAACCAAGGGCAGUGGGUGUGACUGAACUCCUUGAGGUGACGGUGAGUUUCGGCAGCUGGAGGUUCACCUGCACCCUCUUUCUUAGGAGGAGCUUUGUUACUUGGUGUCCAGCCUCAGAGAAGCAGAUCGCACUUGGCCAGAAGGACUUACAAAGGGAGCCGUCCUCCUUGUGCCUGCCCAGAAGAUGCAUCAUCUGCAGUGGAGGGAGAAGCAAAGAAGCAGAGUCAGGAACUUUUUCCCUCACAAAAAAGAGCUAGGGAUCAGUCGUCAGGCUUGCUUACAUUAGUGGACAAAUGUUUACAAAUCACUUUCGUUCCCAGCACAGACUUGGAGUCGACUUGACUUAAAAGCAAAUCCUACACCAGCACUGGCUUGUUAUGUAACUUGGGGCAGCCCUUUAAACUCUCUCAGCCUCAGUCUCCCAUCCAAGUACUAACCGGGACCGACCCUGCUUAGCUUCUGGGAUCAGACGAGAUCGGGCGCAUUCAGGGUGGUAUGGCUGUAGAUAGCUUCAGUCUCCUUAUCUGGAAAAUGGGGACAAUAAUAACACUCUUGGGGUUAUGGUGAGGCUUGCAUGAGGUAAUUCGAGUAUGCCAAGUGCUCCGAGCUCUGCCUGUUACUCAGUAAUGUUAUGAGGUGGGAGGAAGAGGGAUACAGAGGGAGAGAAGAGGCCGUAAUGAUGAAGGGGCCAGGUAUAGGGUUUUGUCCCCACCCUUUUCCUCCACACUUUUCACCUUGAAGCUGCUGGGCCUCUCCUGCCCCAACCCCCCUCACUGCAUCUGGGAGUCCCCCUCACUGGCUGUGGACUGCAGAGCUGGGGCACUGAGGUGGGCAGCAGUGUCCUCUGCCCAGGAACCUUCUCUUUCUUUUUUCAAUUGAAUUAUAAUUGACAUCUAACACUGUGUAGUUGUAUAAUUGACAGCUAAUACGGUGUCUAGCAUAAUGAUUUGGUAUUUGUAUAUGUCGUGAAAUGACCACCACAGUAAGUUUAGUUAACAUCAUUAUGUCACCUAGUUUUUUUGUGUGUGUGUGAUAAGAACUUUUAAGAUCUACUCUCUUAGCAACUUUCCUUUUUUUUUCCCCACCCGGACCCCUCAACUUUCAAAAAAUAUAAUACAGUGUUGUUGACUAUAGUCACUAUGCUAUACAUUAUAUCCCCAGGUCUUAUUUACCUUAGAACUGGAAGUUUGUAUCUUUGGAGCCCCUUCACCCAUUUUGCCUACCCCUCACCCACCCAACCCCUGCCUCUGACAACCACUAAUCUAUUCUCUGUGUCUAUGAAUUUCUCUUUUUUUUUUUAAAUGAAGUUUCACGUGUAAAUGAUACCAUACAGUAUUUGUCCUCAGAUGUACCUGAGGGCAUUAUGGUCAGUGGACUAAGUCAAAGACAAAUACAGUACAUGUUUGUGUUAUCACAAAUGGUAAGAUUUCCUUCUAUUUAUGGCUAAAUAAUAUUCCACUCUGUGUGUAUAUACCUGUACACACACACACACACCACAUCUUCUUUACUCCUUCAUCUGUUAACGGACACAUAGGUUGUUUCAGAACUUCCUCUUUCUAGCAAGGCUGAUCCUCCCUCACCCCUGCUUAGGACCUUCCAUGACUUUCCAUUGUCUGCCUCCUUAGUGGCCACUCUUAGCCUCCAGGACCAUCCACAUUUAUCUUUCUUCUCCCUAAUUUCUCUACUCCAGCUCCAUGCUGCCCCCCAAUUCAAGUACUUGUUGCCACAAGGUAAGUGGCUUGGUUUCUGUGAUCGUUCUGUAAGGAGUGUCUCUGCCUACAGAAUCCCUGCCUGCCCUUCCAGGCUCCAUCACUCUGCAGUGGCAGAGGCCCUCUGGCUGCUGAGUGGACUGUGGUUAUGGGAGAACCAAGACAGGAGCGGGUGAUGGCUUUGGAGACAGUAGCCUCGCUUACAGAGAGAGUGUACACCAAACUUUCCAUCAGGCAGACUUCAGACUUCCUUUAAUUUGGCAGGUCUCAUAUUUCCCAGCCGCCUUCUCCAGUUUGCUUGUUUGUUCUCCAUUUUUUAUCCCAGGUUGCUGGGGGCUUCCCGUCAUCCUUCUCUCACUUCCAAUUCCCCCCAGCCUUCCCCUCAUCCCUGGUAUGUUUUUCUGAUCCAGAGGUUGUGGUCAAGCACAUUGGAAUUCCUAAAACAAUCCUGCUUCCACUGCUGAGGUGUCACAGAUUAUUUAUUAUUCUGAUGUGUGUGGAGUUAGAAUCAUAAAAAGUCAGUUUCCUGGGUGAUUUAUUGUAUUGGGGGCAGGAGCCAGGUUGUUUACCAUUUGAAGAAAUAGUUCUGGAAAAGGAUUGAAACUUUGGGGAGAAUUUAUGAUCAAACCUCAAGGGACUCUAAUUCAGAGUCAGGAGAGUAUUCUGCUUUCAUAGUCACCGAUGUCUUCUGGCCACCUAGGUCGAAUGAACGCCUCCUUGUUCUGCCCAUGGUUAGAAAUCACGCUGAACUAUCAGCUCCUUAUCAGUCCUUCCAGUUAGUUCAUCUUUGUCUUGAGUCUGAUUGGGAUGUCACAGAUCAUUUGAAGCGUCUCUGGUUCCAACUUUUCCACAAAAUGGUUUAGAAUUCGUUCUCUGUGAUGGAAGUGAGUAGAUAUCAGCUCCUGAUAUUAUGGAAAGCACACCUAGAUGUUUGUUGGAGCCCCGGGCCCAGUUUCUUCACUAAUAUGCUGAGAGGUGUUGCACAGAACAAUUAACUUCUAAGCCUCAGUUCCCUCAUCUGCCCAGUGAGGGAGUCGAACCAGAGACUUCCUUUGGUGGCAACCACUGCUAACAUCCCAUGAAGACACACCCAAGAUUGGACUCUAGAAUUCUCCAACGAAUUUUACAGACUUAUUGGAUGAAGAGUACCUGAGAGACUGGUGGUCAACAGUCCCUAAGAUGGAGAAGACGGAUGCCAAAGACCAGUCCUCUCAGGGGGAUGAAGAGAAAGACCCUCCAAAGAGCCACCCCUACUCCGUGGAGACCCCAUAUGGCUUCCACCUGGACCUGGACUUCCUCAAGUAUGUGGAUGACAUCGAAAAGGGAAACACCAUCAAAAGGAUUCCUAUCCACAGAAGGGCCAAGCAGGCCAAGUUCAGCACUUUGCCCCGAAACUUCAGCCUUCCCGACAGCGGGGCUCGCCCCCAUGCUGUUCUUUCCCAUCCGAACUGGUCCCCCAUGGUGUCGAGGAAAGUGCUGGGGACAGAGGCCCGAGCCCAGCCACUGUCCCUCGGGGAUCACCCCCAAGCCCCACAAGCCGCCAGCGGCAGUGAGGUGAGCUACCACCGGAAGGCCCUGCUGACGGAGACGGCCAGACAGCUGGAGGCUGCUGCUGCUCCCGGGGAGGCUGAGCUCACCUCCGGGAGUGGACGGCCCCAGCUUCUGAGAGCAUCCAGCAUGCCGGCCACGCUGCUGCAAACCAGGGCCUCGGAGGACCCAAGCCUAAACUCAGGACCCCCAACCCCGCCCGCCCUCCCCCCACUUCAGGGCGAAGGCGUUGUCUGUGAUGGUGCCUUUGGGCCCGCGGAAGGAUUUGCAGGGUUUUCCAAAUCCACUCCGCGAGCAGCAACCCAACGGGAAGUCAGAGAGUCUGGAGACCUAGUGCCAGGGAUUCCGGAGCUGAUCCGGGAGGGGCCUGAGCCUCCAGAAGGCGAAGAGGUUCCAAAUCACCUCUCUUUCCCGAGUCCACCUUUCUCGUCUCAGAAUGCACUUGUAGUUCUAGAGGAUGCAGAAGACCAACAGAAAAGCAGAGAAGCCCAGGUGGUGGUCACAACCCCUAGCUCUCCAACACCAAGCCCCCCACCUCUGCCGUCACCCAUGCCUGGAAAUGAGCUCCCCCUGGAAGAAAUCGAGCUCAACAUCAGCGAAAUCCCACCACCACCACCUGUAGAGGUGGACGUGAGAAGCAUCGGGAUCCGCGUCACAGAGGAAAGCCUGGGCCUUGACUCCCUGGAUCCUGGCAGUGUCUCCAGCCUGAAGCAGCAGAUCUCGGACCUUGAAGGCGAACUGUCUGGAAGAACUGAGGAACUGGCCCAGGUCAGAGCUGCCCUCCAGCGGCAGGAAGAGGAAAUCAAGGCGAGGGGGCAGAGGAUUCAAGAGCUAGAGUGCACUGUUGCUCAACUGGUAGAAAAGCUUAGCGGUGGGAACACCAAAGAUGCUCAGGGCCAGACUGAUGCUGUGGUCAACACUGACCCUCUGCAGGAGCUCUUGACCAGACAGUCGUGUGACAAGAGCAUUGGGGUCAGCCUUCUGGGCAGCAUGGGCUCUGAAAGCUGGGGAGCCAGGGGAGAGGGGAAUGGCCUCCUGUGGGGGUGGGAAAGUCACAAACGAGGGGAUGGGAGCCCAGCAGGACUUGUGUCACCACCCCAGCCAUCACUGCCACAGGGAUCUGAGACAGUCCUCAUGCCUUCUUUACACAGCUGCGUCUCUACUGAGCUCAGGAUCGAAGAGGGAGGUUCUGAGCAGGCAGGAGGUCCUUCGGUGGGAAUUAAGGGUCUGGGCCAGGGAGCAGGAGGAUCUCCAGGGAGUGGCGAGAGAGAGGCUCCCCCAGCGGGGAGGGAGGAGGCUGGCCCAGAGCUGUCGGGGAAGGAGCGCCCUGGAAGGCCACCAAGCUCCCCCACCGAUGCCACUAUUGGGCAGUACGUUAAGAAGAUCCAAGAACUCCUGCAGGAGCAGUGGAGCUGCCUGGAACACGGGUACCCUGAGCUGGCCCGUGCCAUCAAGCAGCCUGCCUCCAAGCUCAGCAGCAUCCAGAGCCAGCUACAGAGCUCCCUCAACCUGCUUCUGUCUGCCUACUCGGCCCAGGCUCCACCCCAGAAGGAGCCCCCAGGCCCCUCCUCCUCCCCACCGAUGGAGAUCUCCCCGUCGACCAGCCUUAAGUCCAUAAUGAAAAAGAAAGACUAUGGCUUCCGUGCAGGAGGUAAUGGGACCAAAAAGAACCUUCAGUUUGUUGGGGUUAACGGUGGCUAUGAGACCACCUCAAGUGAGGAGACCAGUGGUGAGGACAGCUCCCCAGAAGACUUGUCUGAUAGCGAGGCUGAGAAGAAAUGUGAUGGCCCAGAACCCAGGCUGGGCAAGGAUGCCCACCUCAGCUGUAGGGUGGGCCAGGGCACCCCUGAGGCCACCCGUGACACAGACCAGGAAACUGGGCCUGGCGAAGAGCUCCCCCAUCCCAAGACUGAGAGAUAUAAACCCUCAGAAGAAUUCCUUAAUGCAUGCCGGGCAUUGAGCCAACAUCUGCCAGAAACUGGGACGACCACUGACCAGCUCUUGAAGCAAAGCUUGAACACCAUCAGUCAAGAGUGGUUCCGCAUCUCCAGCCGGAAGUCAUCCAGCCCUGCGGCAGUGGCCGCCUACCUCCGCGGGGUCCAGCCUCACUCCCCACACUUGCUAAAGCUGCUUGUCAAUCUGGCUGAUGGCAAUGGGAACACAGCUCUUCACUACAGCGUGUCCCACUCUAACUUCUCCAUCGUGAAGCUGCUGUUGGAGACAGGUGUCUGCAACGUGGACUAUCAGAACAAAGCCGGCUACACUGCUGUGAUGAUCACUCCCCUGGCUUCUGCUGAGACCGAUGAAGACAUGGCUGUCGUCUGGAAGCUCUUAAGAGAAGGGAAUGUGAACAUCCAAGCUACUCAGGGGGGCCAGACGGCGCUGAUGCUGGGAGUCAGCCACGACAGGGAGGACAUGGUCCAGGCGCUGCUGAGCUGCCAGGCAGAUGUCAACCUACAGGACCAUGAUGGAUCGUCAGCCCUCAUGCUGGCCUGUCGCCAUGGCAACACUGACAUGGUACGGCUGCUCCUGGCACAUCCAGCCUGCGACAGCAGCCUGACUGACAAGGCUGGCCGAACGGCUUUGUCCAUCGCUCUGAAAUCGCCCGCCCAUGUGGAAAUUGCAGGGCUGCUUCGGGCCCACUCGAAGCAGGGCAGGCCCCUGGGGCCAUAGGGGCUGUGGAAGAGCUGGCAGCUAUCAACAGAAGAAGCAUUGUUUGGACUCUUCCCUCGUGGAGAGGGCAUGGGUCAUAGCCAGAGGGCUGCGCCUGAAAAGAAGAAACAAUGCCAAAUAUGCACAUACAUUCCUGUUGUAUAAUUUUGCUCAUUAGGAUGCUUUGUAGUUUUUGCCUUAGGCCAAGCCCCAAAACUCUGGGCUGUAGAGGGGUGCAAGGUGCAGGGUGCAUUGGUGUCGGCUAAAAAAAUUCCCAAACAUCUUCAGCCUCGAAUUCCUCAUGACUCUACCCUUUGCCACACCGUGUAGUGAGCAGGCAGGCAGGAGCACAGUAGCAAAGCAAUACUUUUUACAUGGAAUUUUAAAGUGCACCGUCUUUUUGUUUUUUAAUCAAUUAUAUGUGAAGAUGUCCCAUUGGACUUGCAUGUCUAGAGAAGAGGGGUGGGGAAGGGGUGGGAUUUAAGCAGCUGCCCUGGCAGUCAUUCUCUGGAGGACCUAAGGAGAAUCACUGUGCAGGCCGGUGAAACUGAACAAAUCCCACUGGGGCCUCUGUUUAGUUGGGGUUGACAGAGAAAUCUUAAAUUCAGAUGAGGUAGGAAGAAGCACAUUGGUGUCAGUGCCAGAUACACAGUCUUGACCAUUUCCAAGUCAUCAGGUGGCUCCACUUUGCUCCAGGGAAAUUGAAAUUAAAUAGAAAAUUAUCCAAACUAAUGAAGCACAUCACGUGUAUUUAGGCAGAGCCCAGUUACAUAAGCUCUUCUAAAUCUGUGAAAGAAACAAAUGAAUCAGAGUGAGCAUCCUUCUCAGGGUAGGUUCAUGUCAUCUAGAAGCCACCUUUUUCUUCAUAGUAGUAUCCUUGGUGGUUUAGUUGCUAAGUCCUGUCCAACUCGUGACCCCAUGGGCUGUAGCCCACCAGGCUCCUCUGUCGUUGGUCCAUGGGUUUUCCUAGGCAAGAAUACUGGCGUGGGUAGCCAUUUCUUUCUCCAAGGAUCUUCCUUACCCAGAGAUUGAACCGAGGUCUCCUGCAUUACAGGCAGAUUCUUCACCCACUGAGCCACCUGGGAAGCAGCAGUACCCAUGGCCCUCACAGUAAUCCUGGAUCAUUUCCACUCCACCUUUAUGAGCAGACUAUGAGCCCUCAUGAGGUUCUGAGGUUUCCAAGGCUCCUGGAUGCAGAACCUGCCAGCGUGGGCUGCAGCAGGAAUGUGGAGGCUGGGCCCAGUAGGGCCUGUUCUGCACAGACAUAGAUCUCUUCUGAAAAGCUCCUUCUUAGACUUCCACAAUCCCAGGGGCCACCGUGUGCAUGGCUUUAUCUAUAAAUUUGUUCUUUUUAAAAAAAUCUCUCAUGCAAAAAAACCCCUCUUGUAUAAAAAGGAAAGACAUCAUAGUUGGGUGAGCCUCACACUGGCAACUCAAAAGCUUGAGUUCUCAUCUGAUUCAGAUACAAAUUUGCUUAAUGCCCCUUGAGUGAGUCAUGGUCCCGCUUUCAUCAUCUCUAAAAACGGAAGUUAUCAUACAACAUCAUACAACCUAACUCCUGGGGGUGCUGGGCAAGGAACAGCCGAUGGAAGUCUUAGAGUCCAAUUUGUAAUCCAUGAAGACUGUCUACACAAAUGGCACAGCAAACGUCAGUACAACUUGUGAUUCAAAAGAGAGGCUCAGAAGUCCUAGAGCAGGACUCUGAUAUGUGACAGUGUUGCUCAGAGAGAAUGAAGCAAAGUAUGAUCUAAAAUGCUUUAAAUGGGUUUGUUUUGACCUCAAAGCGCAUUUUAAGAGCAGAACCCUACAUUAAUAAUGUGCUAGCCCAGUUCUUCUCAAACUUUGAUAUGCGUACAAAUCACCUGGAGAUCUUAUUAGAGCUCAGUCAGUCUGGGAGGGAAGGGGGCUGGAGAGUCUACAUUUCUAACCAGUUCUCAGGGGACACUGACACUGCUGGGCCACACCACACCUGGGACAGCAAGACUCUGGCCUAUCCUGACUGUUUAUAUAUUAAAAUGCUGCCUCUCAA